AUGAACGUCAGUUCUCUUUCAAUUGAGGAUUAUUCACGAACGUCGCCUAACUCGGGAAGUAACAGUCCAGAUUCUGCCCAGUCUCAAAUAUUAUCUCCAGCGUCUCCUUCAGGAUCUACAUUAUCGUAUGAUGAAUAUCUCAAGGUAGCUACUGAUACAAGUGCUAGUAUCUUGUUGGAGCUCAACAUGGAUGGCAGAAUAAGGUAUUUAAGCUCUAUUUGGGAACAUAUUGUGGGGACCAGCGUUGAAGCCAUAGUGGGACAGUCGAUUUCAGAUAUUCUGGUAGGGAGCGACCAGGACCGGUCAGUUUUUCAAAGAGCUAUUGACUUGAUGAUCCGCGAGGACUGUAGCUACAAAGUUCGGUUUUUGGUUGAAUCCGGUAGCACCGGCAAUAGCAAAACUCAAACCAGCUCCAGUGCUGGCUCUGAUAACGGAACGGCUACUACUGUCAAGCCCGAGCUAAUUGAGCUUGACGCUCAGGGCAUAAUUAUAGCAGCUGGAAUAAACAAUUUACCUACUCACUCUAUGUGGAUCGUUAAGCCUUUUUGUGAGAUGGGAAAUAUAACUGAUUUACCCCAGGAUCUAGUAAAAAGACUGGGAUUUGGCGCUACAAUCUUCUCACAAUAUCUCAGCGAAAUAGAGGACUCAAUGGUAACUGAUGAACUGGAUUUGCCCACUCCCAAAAACGAGCUCUGCCGAGUUUGCGAAUCGCCUGUGCCGGCCUGGUGGUUAGAGACUCACUCGGAAUCAUGUAUCGUUGAACACAAAAUUGAAAGUGUAGUGCAGCUUCAUCACGACAAGCUAGUGGAGCUUCGAAUGUACAUCGAGGAGAUGUUUAUGUCUAUCGAGGCCAAUGAUGGUCGCAUAACUCAAUACAAUGGUUUACCGCUGCCGAAAGCUAGCGAAACAGCACUGCCAAAUAGCCCCUGUGGCGCAUUAGUUUCAGACGAUACCUCUGCUUUCAGUAUCUUUAAGAAGUCGUCGAACGGCCGUAAAAAUUCUAAUUCAAUCUUCCAAACGUUGCGCUUUCCUUUUAAAACUUUGGCCUCUCUUAUAGAGCUGUGCGACGAUGCAAUCAAUACGAAUACUAGUGAACUGAAGGAAAUUCCUGGAGCAGCCAUGCAGCACAGUGAUGCCGCACAGGUCCUAUAUGAGUUUUCGCCUGGCACACAAAAGAAUAUUGAAAAUAUCAUUACGUGGAAGCACCAAUCCGAGGUAACUAACCCUGCGCUCGAUCUUUUGAAGACUAAUACAUUGGCUUUAGCAUCUCGUAAGGUUGAAUUUCUUUUUAGACUUGACAAUGCUAUGAAAUACUCGUUGAAGAUCAAGAACGAGAUUGAUAAUUACGUUUUGCAACUUAUCAGGGAAAAGCUGGAACGUAAUAAGCUGAAUACAAUGCAUAGUGGUGGCAUAAGUCGAAUAUCAGCAAGAUCCCCAGCAAAUUCAACUCUAAGUGAAGAGAGCGAGCCAACCAUGCCGGGAGGUAAGAUCGCAUCACCUCGGCCUCAGAAAGCACCAAGUGGAUUAUUCGCAGAUGCGUAUGUUGGCACAGAUGAAAUUCCCCGAAAGAUACAGAGUCCUUCAAAUCACGACGCGAUGGAAGAGUUCGAUAGUCGGAACAACUCAAGAUCAUGCUCGCAGUCUAUCACACCAAAACAGCCUCACCCUGAAUCAAACUUCGUGCAUGAAAAAUUAAAUGUCGAACAACCUAAGAUUUAUGAAUCGGUUGGCGGGACACCUAAGCUUAUAUUACCUGAUUCAAGUGGCCAUCCAAGAACGAGUGGCAAUCAUGACUUCACACCCAGAAGAGAUUCUCUCCCAUCUUCAGGGGGGGUCAACACUCCGUUGUCAUCAUUGCAGAAGAACGCGAUUUUUAGGCCCGGAAAUCACGGAAGUUUUGACAGGUCCCCAAUAACAUCACCUUACGCUGGAUCAUCAGAUUAUUUGACGCCAGAAGUUCAAUCUGUCGCUGUUCCUAAACAACCUUUAUCCCCACUCCUCUUGGCCACCAACCAAGCGAAAGCUAGCACGCCAAGCAUAAGAGACUAUGAUAUCAUCAAACCGAUCAGUAAAGGGGCGUAUGGUAGCGUAUAUUUGGCAAAAAGAAGAAUAACGGGGGAGUAUUUCGCUAUUAAGGUUCUUAAAAAGUCUGAUAUGAUUGUCAAAAAUCAAGUUACAAAUGUGAAAUCGGAACGGGCUAUAAUGAUGGUUCAAAGCAAUAAGCCAUACGUUGCCCAACUUUUUGCGACGUUUCAGAAUAGAGGCAACUUAUUCCUCGUUAUGGAGUAUUUGAGCGGUGGUGAUUUAGCAACUUUAAUCAAAAUGAUGGGAAAUUUACCAGAACAGUGGACUAAACAGUAUAUUACGGAAGUAAUUUAUGGUGUCGCUGAGAUGCAUCAAAGCGGUAUAAUUCAUCAUGAUUUAAAGCCCGAUAACCUACUAAUCGACAGCCGUGGUCAUCUCAAGUUGACCGAUUUUGGCUUGUCCAGAAUGGGAUUGGUCACUAGACAUACACUGGCCGAUCAAAAGGAGAGCCAAAACGCCAGCCGCAAAGAUAGUGCUACUUCAGAGGAUAAUUUAAACGUUGACCGGGCUUUUAAAUGGAAAUUAAGAUCGGACUCCCCAACAUUGAGUCAUGCUUUAGACGGCGUAAUAUUCAAAACUGAGCGCUCUAACUCUAACUCAAGUUCACAGUCUGCUCUUGAAGUACCGGUACUGCAUAGAUCAGGGUCUCAGUUGUCGUUCUCCAUUGCAGAUUUUCCAGGGGGUGGAUCUCCCCCUCCAAUGUCUUUACACAAGCGAGCAAGCUCCAAUAUCUCAGAGAACUGGGAAAACAACAGCCCGACGCCAGAUUACGCUUUAUUCAAUCCUGAGGAUUCGAAACAUGCUAAAAGAUUUUUUGGAACACCAGAUUAUUUGGCUCCCGAAACGAUUGAAGGCACUGGAGAGACUGAUGCUUGCGAUUGGUGGUCAGUAGGAUGCAUGUUGUUUGAGUUUUCCUUCGGCUACCCCCCAUUCCACGCUCGAACAGUUGAGGAAGUGUUUAGCAAUAUCCUUGCCGGUAUGAUUGAUUGGCCAAAAUUUCCGGACGAAGAAGCCGAAAGAGAGUUUGUAUCCAAUGAAGCGAAAGACCUAAUUUCGAGGCUUCUUGUCGUAGAUCCAAGUAAGCGACUAGGUGCAAAUGGCGCACACGAAAUAUUCGAACAUCCUUACUUCAAGGAUGUUGAUUGGGAGCAAUUAUAUGCAGAGACAGGAUCAUUUGUGCCUGAAGUAGCACACCCCGAAAGUACGGAUUACUUUGACUUACGUGGUGCUCAGCUAGAAGACUUCAGUGAGUCAGACACAGAGCAAUCAAAAGUUGCGGAACUGUUGACCAGUGACUUGGACAGAGCACCGAAGAGAACUAGUAGUGAGCGAAGCAGCCAGUCAACCACUCCAGUACAAAAACUUACAGUAGGAUCUGUUUUGGAAUCUGGCUCGCAGGAUGAUCAUAGCAAUAACAAUUCUCCCACGGCCAAACAUAUACCAAUGGCCAUCCCACCACACCUGAGGGAAAGAAGAGUGAGCAAACUAAAUGAGGUUCAAACUGAGUUUGGUUCUUUUAAUUUUAGAAAUUUGCCGGCUCUUGACAGAGCUAAUAAAGAUGCCAUUAAUCGACUCAAAAAUGAGCACUUGGUCGAGCAAGGAUUUCACCACCACCACCGUGCUUCUAGUGGUUCAAGUUCCUCAUCUGAUGUUUCAAACAAACAUAGAUACACCAAGAGUAGCAGCGUAAACACAUCUGCGGGAGUCUCAGGCAUGCCGACGAGAACCUCCGCGUCGCCAAGCUCGGCUAAACACCACUCGCCCAGUAGACGGGAUAGCAAUGAGAUGGCUGUUAUAAAUCGACGGAGUGCUGGCAGCAUGGUUGAAAAUGCUCUGAACUCCCCGUCAUCGUUUUACGAUGAAACUGGUUCUCCAUCGCCUGCUUCUCGCUUCAAAUCGUCGCUGUCCCCGCAAAAUACAUGUUCCAGAGCCAGACUUCAAUCGCGCACCUCAUCAAAGCGUUCAAGUCUAGGAGAUGUUUUCACAGACGAGUCCGACGAGCUCCGUGCCUUGUCACGGGCUGCAAGCACUCGUGGGCGCCGGCGCAGUGAACGCAAGAGCUCUUCUGGAAUAAGCGAUAUUGUCUAUAAUCUUGACAUUUUGGUUUGUGAGCCAAUCCCCAUACAUCGCUUCAAGCUAACGAAAGAUCUAGAAACCCUUGGCUGCUCAGUAAUCAGCGUCUCAAUGGGGGACGAAAUGGUGCGGAGAGCUACCAGCGACGUUAAAUUUGAUUUAAUUUUCACUGCACUCAAGCUUCCAAAACUCGGUGCCAUUGACAUUGUGAAGCUACUCCGCAACACUAACAGCUCCAACAGUACAACCCCAAUCGUGGCUGUCACUGCUUUUUUCCAAGAGGCCCAACAGGCAUGUGUUUUCGACGACGUUCUGGAACGUCCUGUUAGCGUACAACAGUUACGUUCAUUGCUGCUCAAGUACACAUUGAAGAAAAGCCAAGAUGCUGACGAAACGAUGAUUAGCGAUGCCGACCCGGACGUACCCUUCGCUCAAGCAAAUACUGGCGAUGCGCUAGAUUGA